ACUGAAAGGGCGCGGAGAGGGCGCAGUGGCUCUCACACACACUCCGGACUAUGCGUCGCUCCUCCUGAGCGAGGUUGGAACCAGUCUCCAGUUUUUCAGCCCCUCGACUGCGCAAACGAUGGAGGCGCCCUCGGGAAACGACACCGUCCGCGCGAACGCAUCCGAUCCGUACGCGCGCAACGAGGACGUGGCUCAAAUCGAGAUCAUGGUCCUGUGCAUCACCUUCGUGGUCGCUGUGAUCGGGAACGUGAGCGUCCUGCUGGCGAUGUUCAACACCAAGAAGAAGAUGUCGCGGAUGCACCUCUUCAUCAAACACCUCAGCCUGGCCGACCUGGUGGUCGCCUUCUUCCAGGUGCUGCCGCAGCUUUGCUGGAAGAUCACCUACCGCUUCUACGGCCCGGACUUUCUCUGCAGGAUAGUCAAGCACCUCCAGGUGAUGGGGAUGUUCGCGUCCACCUACAUGAUGGUGAUGAUGACCCUGGACCGUUAUAUCGCCAUCUGCCACCCGCUGAAGACCCUCCAGCAGCCCACGCAGCGCUCCUACAUCAUGAUCACCUCCACGUGGAUAGUGAGCCUGGUGCUGAGCUCGCCGCAGUUCUUCAUCUUCUCCCUGAGCGAGAUCAAGAACGGCUCGAACGUCUCCGACUGCUGGGCGCACUUCGUGGAGCCGUGGGGCGCCCGGGCGUACAUCACCUGGAUCACCGUGGGCAUAUUCCUCGUGCCCGUGGUCAUUCUCGUGAUGUGCUACGGGUUCAUCUGCCACAGCAUAUGGAAAAACAUCAAGUACAAGAAAACGAAAUCGACGGCGGGCUCCGCGAGCCGGAAUGGGUUCGUUGGGAAGAAUUCGGUCAGCAGCAUUACAACGAUAUCAAGAGCCAAGCUGAGAACCGUGAAAAUGACUCUGGUGAUAGUUUUGGCUUACAUCGUUUGCUGGGCGCCUUUUUUCACGGUGCAGAUGUGGUCUGUGUGGGAUGACAACUUCCAGUGGGCUGAUUCUGAGAACACCGCAGUGACUCUUUCUGCGCUCCUCGCCAGUCUCAACAGCUGCUGUAACCCGUGGAUAUACAUGAUCUUCAGCGGUCACCUCCUGCAGGAUUUCGUGCACUGCUUCUCCUGCUGCUGCAGCAUGAGCGCCCACUUCAAGAAGGAGGACUCGGACAGCAGCGUCCGCAGGACGACGCUGCUGUCUAAGAUGACCAACCGGAGCCCCACGGGCAGCAGCAACUGGAGGGAGCUGGACAAUUCCCCCAAGUCCUCCAUUCAGGCAGAGUUAACAUGCAAGUAGAGGAG